AAAUGCAUCAUUAUGUUUUAAUUAUGAUUUUUACUUUUCCUUAACAGGAGUAAAAAAAAAAAAAAUCUUCUAAUCUUCCUUCCACUGAUCCAGGAUCAGCCCAGUCGGGUUGAGCGUAUGAACCGGACCGGGUCACACGGUGGGAACAGGAGAAACUGGCACAGAAAAGUCUGGCCGUCCUGUUUACCUUUGCCCUCCGGCGGUUUCCUCCUCCUUCACCGGUUGGGUAAGUUCAACACCUGCUGAUCUACCUGCGCCGCGUCAAGCCAGAGAGUCGCGCAUUUCACCGGAGACCGCUCUGAACCUCGGUUCUACUCAUGGGAAAGUUCUGACAAACUUACGCGGUACAAGAUGUUCUCCUACCGGCGCUCAGCCAGAAACCCCCUGCCUGAGAACAUCCACAUUUCCUCUCUGCCUCCCAUCGUUCCCCUGGAACAGGAACCAGAACUGUCGGGUCAACAAGCAGAUGACUCUGGGAAAAACCAGGAGAAAACAGUAAUCCAGACCACACACACUCACAGAGGACCAUUUGCACCCUCAGUUUUCAUCCAGAAACAUAAUAAUGAACCGGCUCCAACUACGUACUUUGAGCAGAGGGUUCCUGUUCCUGAGGAGGACACUGAGAGGGCGUUUAGUCUGCGUAAACUCUGGGCUUUCACUGGACCCGGGUUUCUGAUGAGUAUCGCCUACCUGGACCCGGGAAACAUUGAGUCGGACUUGCAGUCAGGAUCUAAAGCUGGAUUUAAGCUCCUCUGGGUGCUGCUGUUGGCCACCAUCAUCGGCCUGCUGCUGCAGCGGCUGGCGGCUCGGCUGGGCGUGGUCACCGGGAUGCAUCUGGCAGAAGUCUGCAACCGCCAGUACCCCACAGUGCCUAGAAUCAUCUUGUGGUUGAUGGUGGAGCUGGCGAUCAUUGGCUCUGACAUGCAAGAGGUCAUUGGUUGUGCGAUCGCGUUCAACCUCCUGUCCUCUGGCAGGAUCCCCCUCUGGGCCGGUGUACUCAUCACGAUCAUAGACACCUUUUUUUUCCUUUUCCUGGAUAAGUACGGCUUAAGAAGGCUGGAAGCCUUUUUUGGUUUGCUUAUUACCAUUAUGGCCAUAACAUUUGGAUAUGAGUACGUGAUGGUGGCUCCUGACCAAGGCCAGCUGCUAAAGGGGAUGUUUGUGCCCUACUGUGAGGGCUGCGGGCCCGUUCAGCUCACUCAGGCUGUCGGUGUCGUGGGCGCCGUCAUCAUGCCUCACAACAUCUACCUCCACUCUGCUCUCGUGAAGUCUCGAGAAGUGGAUCGCUCCAAGAAGAAAGAAGUAAAAGAGGCUAACAAAUAUUUCUUCAUCGAGUCGGGUAUUGCCCUGUUUGUCUCGUUCCUCAUCAAUGUGUUUGUGGUCGCCGUCUUUGCUGAGGCGUUCUACCAGCGCUCAAACAUUGAGGUGUAUAACGUCUGCAACCAGUCAGGCAUGCCUUAUCCCCAGCUGUUCCCACUGAACAACAAAACUCUGGAGGUUGAUAUCUACAAAGGGGGGGUGGUUCUGGGUUGCUUCUUUGGCCCAGCAGCGCUCUACAUAUGGGCCAUUGGGAUUCUUGCAGCAGGUCAGAGCUCCACCAUGACUGGAACAUACUCUGGCCAGUUUGUCAUGGAGGGUUUCCUGAACCUGCGUUGGUCGCGUUUUGCUCGGGUGUUGCUGACCCGCUCCCUCGCCAUCACUCCUACCCUGCUGGUGGCCAUUUUCAAGGAUGUGCGGCACCUGACGGGCAUGAACGACUUCCUCAACGUUCUCCAGAGCAUGCAGCUUCCAUUUGCCCUCAUCCCCAUCCUGACCUUCACCAGUCUGCCGUCUCUGAUGAAUGACUUUGCCAAUGGACUGACGUUUAAGAUAGGAGGAGGGCUGGUGAUCGUGUGCGUGUGCGCCAUCAACAUGUACUUUGUGGUGGUCUACGUGACUGCUCUGAACAGCGUGUGGCUCUACGUGCUCGCUGCCUUCCUCUCCUUAGCAUACCUCACAUUUGUGGGCUAUUUGGUGUGGCUGUGUCUGAUAGCCCUGGGAGUGUCCUGCUUGGAUCCGAGCUCUAAGAGAGAAAACGACUCGACCAUCCUGAUAGAGGAGCAGCCGGAGUUUGACUCCUGAGUCAGAUGAAUGCUAAAGUCAACCUUUGGAUCAUUGGAUCAGCUGCUAACAGCAACAUGACCCAUAUCUGGGUCUAUUCUGAGGUUUAUUGUCGUUUCAGUGGUGAUAAAGAAUAUUUUACUAAUCUAUAUUGUAUAAUCUCUUUGGUAUUGUCUGUAUCUUUAUUAUAACAUGAGUCAAAAAGUUAGAGAGUCAUUUUCCUUUAUUUCAGUGCAACAGAAUGGGACAGCUUUGACGUGUCAGUGCAUGGACAUGGGACUCCUUAGCAUGUUGUGCAGGUGUGUUGUCAGAGCUCAUUGUGUUGCUUGUUUACAGCACUUUUCAAAAGUAAUCAGACCAUUUGAACUUUUUUCACAUUUUGCCACAUUACAACCAAAAACCUGAAUUUAUUUAUUUGGAUUUUAUGUAAAUUGUGCAUAAUUGUUGUGCAUUGCCACACUUUUCAGAUUUAAAAAAAAAAUUGUUUUAUUUAAAACCAUGCAUCAUGUUCCUUUCACUGUACUUUUACACACUACUUUGUGUUCAUCUGACACAUAAAAUCCUACUAAAAUACACUGAAGUUGGUGUGGUUGCAACAUGACAAAAUGUGGAAAAGAUAAACGUUUCUGUAAUGUACAUGUGAUCACCAGUGUUCAAUGUUUUCCAGCAAAUUUUGCAUUCUAGCAAGAGGAUCAGUGUUAUUCACUUUCAUUCUUUAAAAACACAGAUUCUUUGGAUUUUUAUAAUAACUUGAGUGUUUAGGUGGAGAAUUGUGCUCUUCUGUGUUCACUUUUAAUCUGACAAAAACAAUAGGAAGAUCAGCAAGUAAUUGUGAUCCUUAAGAGGUGCUCUGCAAGUCAACAGCAGUAUUAAAAAACAAGACAUUUACAUUUAAAUAUUGUCUGGGAGACUUUUAUGAACCUAAUCGCCUUGCAAGGUUGAGCAGUUUUCCUUUAUAGCCACAGUGAGGCACUGCAGAGCACCACAGGGAGAUGCCAUGAACAUAAACACAGUUUACAACCAAACCCAGCAGAUUAAAGGGCAUGUUUGUGCUGUGACAGAAGCUGUGUUGCUUUGCUCAACAUACCAGACAGCAGAGUUGCAGUUACUGGAUCAGACUGUAAUAUUCAGGGUGUUUAUCCAGAGGUGCUGGUGUUGCACAUGCCUGUGGUGGCAGCAUGUCUGUGGAGCAGCAAACAUUGUGUAACAGCAAGCAGCUGCUGCUGGUUUCAGUGUUGCCAAAAUUCCAGCGUUGAAGGCAUUCAGUCUUUAUGAGCUAGAUGAGAGGAAAGGCGGAUGGGCAGGUUUUUCUUUGCAUUAAGACCAGGAACUUUUGUUUCUCUUUUUAUGCUCUCUCUCUCCGUCUCUGGCUCCCUGUCAUGAAGGCCGGGUUACGUAAGAGGGGAGAGUGUUCCCACCGCCCCUCUCUGUUUUUGUUUUUCUCAAUGAGCCAAUGUCUCCCUGCCUAGGCCUCACAGCCGGACCGGUCCUGUAGGCCCCUUUUCCUGGAAAUACAGCCUUAGCAGAGGCCAGUCAGGGGCAGGCCUGCAAAGGUGGGGGGGUUCUUCCAGCAAAUCACAUGAUUGUGCACCCUACAGUCCCAGCCUUACAUGAGACUCAGAUGCUGCAGUAAUAUGUUACCAGCCAGAUCACAUUCAACAAGGUUCAAUGUUUGUUGAUGCACGGCAGAGUGCAUGAAGAUGGCCGUAGAUGCAGGUGGGAACAGUAGAAAUAGAUUGACAUGUCCUAAUGCAAAAAGCAUGUUUGUUUGUUUACAUUGUUUAUCUGGAACCAUGCACAGAAAACACUAAGCUUAGAGGCGAAGCGCACCAGAUUAUCACUUUUUUCCAGCUAAUUUCCAUCUCCAGUUCCAGUGGUUUGAGCUUAAUUUUUGAAUCUACCAACAUCAGUAACUAAAUCUUAUGAACUGUUUUUGGUAUUAUGACUGUACAGAAAUAAAGUGGUUUUGCUUCACUGUUUUUAAUUUAUUUGAACAUGAUUUUAUGUUUGCUGGUGAGCAGUUUUGAACAUCAUACAUUAUGUCACCUUGUGGCUGAUUUAAACCUGUAAUUUGUUUUUUAAAUGCUUUUGAUACAAUUGAAAUACAUUUUGUUUUUGCUAAACCUUUUGCUCACAAAAACAAAUAGUUUUGAUCAAUUAGAUUGUAAAAAAUGAAUGUUGUGUCAGAGCAUUAUCAGCAAUCACUGGAAACAUGGAAUAUUUCUUUGCAUUCAUUACCAAACUUUAUCUAAAUUUGCUCUUUGUAGUUUGUGCAUUAUUUUUAAGCCUUUCUUUCUAUAAAGAUAAAAAUAUUUUUUACCUCACAGGUACUGUUCCUUAAUAUUUGAAGCAUGCAGCUGUCCAGCAGGUCCAUGCAUGUUGUAGAAACCAGGAAUAACAAACAAAAAAACAAGUGGUUGGUUAUUACAUUUUUAAAUAGUAAUAAAACUGAAAUACAAGCAUUUUUGUGGUCAAAAAUGCAAGAGUAGAAAUUCUAAGUUUAAUUUGAUUAUUUUUAUGUUCAAAAAUAAUAAAAACAAUAUCACAAGGAAAGCACAA